AUGCAUCCUGUCCCGAAAAGCCUGGUAGUUCCAGACAAAAUAGUGGGCAAAACGGCCAUCAACACAGCAAAAUGGCCAGAAGAAGCAAGCAAAUGUUCCAGUGCCAACCCCCCCCACGUACUCACCAGUGCCAACCCCCCCACGUACUCACCAGUGCCAACCCCCCCACGUACUCACCAGUGCCAACCCCCCCCACGUACUCACCAGUGCCAACCCCCCCACGUACUCACCAGUGCCAACCCCCCCCACGUACUCACCAGUGCCAACCCCCCCACGUACUCACCAGUGCCAACCCCCCCCACGUACUCACCAGUGCCAACCCCCCCCACGUACUCACCAGUGCCAACCCCCCCGACGUACUCACCAGUGCCAACCCCCCCACGUACUCACCAGUGCCAACCCCCCGACGUACUCACCAGUGCCAACCCCCCCGACGUACUCACCAGUGCCAACCCCCCCGACGUACUCACCAGUGCCAACCCCCCCACGUACUCACCAGUGCCAACCCCCCCACGUACUCACCAGUGCCAACCCCCCCACGUACUCACCAGUGCCAACCCCCCACGUACUCACCAGUGCCAACCCCCCACGUACUCACCAGUGCCAACCCCCCCACGUACUCACCAGUGCCAACCCCCCCACGUACUCACCACUGCCAACCCCCCGACGUACUCACCAGUGCCAACCCCCCCGACGUACUCACCAGUGCCAACCCCCCCACGUACUCACCGGUGCCAACCCCCCGACGUACUCACCGGUGCCAACCCCCCCCAUGUACUCACCGGUGCCAACCCCCCCACGUACUCACCAGUGCCAACCCCCCCACGUACUCACCAGUGCCAACCCCCCCCACGUACUCACCAGUGCGCCAACGCUUGCUGA